AUGACCCCCGAGCUCGAAGCCUUUGCGCGAGCCAUAUCGCGCGUCCUGGGCUGGGCCUACUUCCUGUCGUGGUCCCUAUCCUUCUACCCCCAACCCAUAUCGAACUACCUGCGCAAAUCCACACUCGGCCUCGCCAUCGACUUCCCCACCCUCAACGUCCUCGGCUUCACCUGCUACACCAUCUCCACAGCCUGCUUCCUCUAUUCGCCGACGAUAAAAGCGCAAUAUGCGGCACGUCAUCCUGACGCGCCGGAGACGACGGUGCGGUUCAACGAUUUCUUGUUCGCGGCACAUGGAGCGGUCAUGUGUGUGAUUAUAUACAGUCAGUUCUUCGAGAGGAUUUGGGGCUUCGAGAUUGGGAAGAGGCAGAAGAUCUAUACACUCGGCUACGUCAAACUCCUCACCGUCUUCCUCAAGUAUAUACCCCAGGCCUGGGUCAAUUACAAGCGCAAGUCGACGUUAGGGUGGAGCAUAUACCCUAUGCUCUUGGACUUUGCGGGUGGCUGGCUUUCGCUCGCACAGUUGUGCAUCGAUUCUGCACUGGAGAAUGAUUGGAGUGGUGUCACUGGUAAUCCAGUCAAGUUUGGACUGGGUAACAUUACUAUCGUGUUUGAUAUCAUUUUCAUGCUGCAGCAUUACGUGCUGUAUCGGCAUUCGGGCAAGCAUAUUGACGAUGAGGAUGAGGAGGAGAGAGAGGGGCUUGUACAGGGUCGGAGAGACUAG